UAGCCAAUGAAAGGAUUACUUUUUCUCUUUUUCACAAAUCAAGUCUUCGGGAUAGUAGAGUCAUCAAUCUUCCAAACGAGGGAUCUAGGCAGAAAAUGAAGCCAAAAGAUGUCUGAAUUCUGAGAACUGGAAAGGAAGGAGAUUGCAUUUCAUGGAAGUCAGCACCAUCUCCAGAACUGGGUGUGAAAAAAUACUAACAGGCUAGCGAUAGGAUAAGGGAAAAUUUGUUAUCACUUUUUGCUACACAGUUAUUAGUUAUAAAAACAGAGGGCUUCUAUACAUCAUAAAAUAAAGUCAGAAGUUUAGAAUCAGGCAUAUACGGGUUUAAAUGUCAGUUCUACCAAUUAAUAGCUUCAUGAUCUGGUAGAGUUUUCUCAACCCCAUUUUUAUGAUGUGGAAACUGAGAACCAGGAAAUAAAAUAAUCUCUAGUUCCAAAAACUUGAGUCACUUUAUAGGAAUUAUCUAGCAAACAUAUGGCCCCAAACUGAAGUUAGUUUGUUUUCUUCAUAUGACUACAGGGCAAGCCUAAAUGCUUUGUGCAAUUAUGGAUACGGGAUCAUGAAGGUGCCAUAAUGUUUUUCAUCCAGGUAAUAUCAUCUUGUUCCACAACUAAAGAGCUAUAUAAACCUAAGUGCAUGGCAGGUUGGAAUCAUACAGGUGUGAAGAAGUUCCUUCUGGUCGGAUUAACAGAAAAUCCAAAUUUGCAGCUUCCUCUCUUUUUGCUUUUUGCCCUCAUUUAUUGCAUCACUCUGGUAGGCAACUGGGGGAUGAUUGUUCUGAUUUGGUUAAGUGUUCGACUUCAUACUCCAAUGUAUUUCUUCCUUAGCAACCUCUCUUUUUGUGACCUCUGCUACUCUACUGUUUUUGCUCCUAAGAUGCUGGUAAAUUUCUUAUCAGAACAUAAGUCCAGCACAUUUUCUGGCUGUGUACUACAGAGUUUCUUUUUUGCGGUAUAUAUGACUACAGAGGGCAUCCUCCUGUCUAUGAUGGCUUAUGACCGCUAUGUGGCGAUAGCUAAUCCCUUGUUGUAUACAGUCAUCAUGACUCACAGGGUUUGUAUUCAGAUGGUCCUUAUGUCUUACUUAGGUGGACUCAUUAAUUCCUUGACACAUACGAUAGGCUUGCUCAAACAAGACUUCUGUGGUCCUAACAUUGUGAACCAUUAUUUCUGUGAUAUUCCUCCUCUUUUGAGACUCUCUUGCUCUGAUUUCCAUACCAAUGAGAUGCUGCUUUUGAUCUUCUCUGGGGUUAUUGCAAUGUUCACUUUCACUAUCAUUAUGGUCUCUUAUGUCCGCAUCAUCAUUGCCAUCCAGAGAAUUCGUUCAGCUGAAGGAAGGCACAAGGCCUUCUCCACAUGUGCCUCACACCUGACUGCUGUGACCUUAUUCUAUGGGUCUGGGACUUUUAGUUACAUCCAGCCAAGCUCCCAAUAUUCACUGGAGCAGGAGAAGGUCUCUGCUGUAUUUUAUACAUUGGUGAUUCCCAUGCUAAACCCGCUGAUUUAUAACCUUAGGAAUAAGAAUGUGAAAGAUGCUGCAAAAGGUCAAUAUUGUGGAAAAUAAACCCCACUGGGCUGAAUCCUGUGCAUGUCUUUGCUAACCUGACCUUAACCAGCAAAGAGAUAGGAGCCUUUAAAUUUGUUUCAUAGAUAAAAUCACAAGAAAAAUAUGAUCAAAAUAUUCUCAUGCAAUUUGGGGCGGAAGUGUUGAAUAUGACAUGAAGAUUAAAAAUUAUUUUAAUUCCCCUUUCAUGGUUUGGGUGAUUAUUUAAUUCCCUCAAAAACUGUGAAAUCUUUUUUUUUUUUUUUUUCCUAACAAACUUCUUGUGCUAAACUCUGAAAGAUCUCACCACGGAUUCAAAAGAAUCAGUCAUUGCUGAGGUCUUAAAAGCAUAUAAGUGACCAUCUGAGAUACACCUACUGGUCCCGUCCAGACAGGAGCAAAGGAGAAUGAAGAAAUUCAAAGACACAAGGAAAAUAUUAAUCUAAAGGACUAAUGGACCAUAAGUACCACAGCCUCCAUCAGCCUGAGCCCUGGAAAACUACAUAGUACCUGGCUAUAAUCAUGAAGUGCUCUGACAGGGCUCACAGUAGAGGGUCCCAGACAGAGCAGUAGAAAAAUGUAGGACAAAAUUCAAAUUCACAAAGUAAAAGACCAGACUUAUUGUUCUGUCAGAGACUGAAAGAACCCUCAAGAGUAUGGCCCCUGGCACCCUUUUAACUUAGAAACUGAAGUCACUUCCA